AUGGGUUUGCCUUGGUAUCAUGUUCAUACUGUUGUAUUAAAUGAUCCCGGCCGCUUACUUUCUGUCCAUAUAAUGCAUACGGCUCUGGUUGUUGGUUGGGCCGGUUCGAUGGCUCUAUAUGAAUUAGCAGUUUUUGAUCCCUCUGAUCCUGUUCUUGACCCAAUGUGGAGACAGGGUAUGUUUGUUAUACCCUUCAUGACUUGUUUAGGAAUAACCAAUUCGUGGGGCGGUUGGAGUAUCACAGGAGGUACUACGCCGAAUCCGGGUAUUUGGAGUUAUGAAGGUGUGGCUGGAGCACAUAUUGUGUUUUCGGGCUUGUGCUUUUUGGCGGCUAUCUGGCAUUGGGUCUAUUGGGAUCUAGAAAUCUUUUGUGAUGAACGUACAGGCAAACCCUCUUUGGAUUUGCCAAAAAUCUUUGGAAUUCAUUUAUUUCUUGCAGGGGUGGCUUGUUUUGGUUUUGGCGCAUUUCAUGUAACAGGAUUGUAUGGUCCUGGGAUAUGGGUGUUCCUUAUGGCCUAA